GGAUGCGGUGAAUAAGUAUGGCAUUGGUUCUUGCGGACCCAGGGCAUUUUACGGAACAUUUGAUAUACACAUUGAAUUAGAAGAGAAAAUCGCUAAAUUUAUGGAAAUGGAAGAAGCCGUUAUAUACUCUUAUGGGUUCUCUACGGUGACUAGCGCCAUCCAAGCAUACAUUAAGUCUAGAGACAUUGUAUACGUGGACGAAGAAGUGAACUUCGCCAUACAAAAAGGUCUGCAAUCUUCUAAAGCUGAACUGGUGUACUUCAAACACAACUGCCCAGAAGACUUGGAACGGUUGAUCUUAGAGAAAAAUGCAACAAAGAGAAGAAAAAACAGAAGAGCGUUCCUAAUUGUCGAAGGAAUUUAUAUGAAUACCGGAAAUAUUUGCAACUUGCCAAAGAUGAUUGACAUUCGAAUAAAACAUAAGAUCCGGAUAUUCAUUGACGAAACCAUAUCAUUUGGCAUUCUUGGCGAAAAAGGUCGCGGAAUUACUGAACACUUUAAUAUACCGAAAGACGAAGUUGACCUGAUCAUUGGAAGUCUAGAGACAGCUUUGUCGUCAGUUGGUGGUUUUUGCGUAGGAUCAACAUUUGUUGUCGAACAUCAGAGGCUGUCUGGUCUUGGCUACUGUUUUUCUGCAUCGUUACCGCCACUACUAUCAGCAGCCGCCAUUAAAGCUUUGGAUGAGAUUGAAAAACAUCCAGAAAUGUUGGCAAAACUGCGAGAAAGGAGCACAAGUCUACAUAAAAGUCUUCGUAAUAGCCAAUUGAUCAAACACUUUACUCUUGGGUCUGAUGAAUCAAGUCCACUAAAACAUUUGUAUCUAAUAGAUAAUUCUCUAUUACACUCUGAACAACAGAAAAUAUUGAAAAAAAUUGUUGAUUACGUAAGUCAUAAAUUUAGGAGGUACUCAUAAUUUAAUUAUUUAUCGUUCCUCGGGGUCCGUAUGCUCAGAAGAGGAGUUAGGCUUAGGUAAUGUCAGGUGUUGCCAAGUGUAAAAUACGACAAAGGAUGGUUCACGUUUACAACGUUGCUACUCUGUACGUAAAGUUCCAGGUCAAAAUGUCUCCGCAAAAAUAACUCUGUUCAAAAUAUUGGUGUGAAAUAUCUCCAAUAAAAUAUGUAUCCAAAAAAAUAUUUAUUACAAAAUAUCUUUUAAAAAAUCCCUCAGAAGUAAGAAAUAAUUUAGUUAUAAAAUCAAUAAAAAUAAUCGUUUAAGUUGCAACUAAUCUGUUCAGAGUUGUAUAAGAAAUAUCCAAUAAUUAUCUAAUAAAGAAAACAAUUUGAACUACUAAAUAAAUAAAUUUUGAAGCCGGUAAAAUAUUAAAUAAAAAUAAAUAAAUACGUUUAAUUUGCAACUAACCUGUUUUCAUAAGGGGGUAUACAGGAAAAAGUUUCACACCCUGUAAAAUAGUCGGAUUUCGUUAAUUUUUUUUUUAUUUUUUUAAAGUAAAGAACAUUUUGUAGGUCGGAUCAAAGCCCGAUUUUGAAAACUAUAAUUAUAGAAGCUUAAAUAUGCAUUUGAAUAAUGCACAAUAUUUGUUCUUUUUCAAACAUAUUUUUCUACUACUAUUUAAAAUAAAAUAAAAAUUCGAGCUUUGAUCCGACCUGCAAAAACUUCUCAUCUUUCAGAUAAAAAAAAUAUUACCAAAAUCCGACACAUCAACGAGGCGUGAGAGUUUUUCCUGUAAAAGCAUUUUUGUUCGUCAAAAUAGUGCUUCGAUAAUAGUCAUCGAAGUCAAUCGCUGACUUGUGCAUGCGCGUUCGUAAAUAUCUUUAUCGGCUCGUGUAAUUAUAGCUCACUCACAAUAAUAUCGAUUUACAUACUCACACACAUGCACGUUCCACGCGAGGCCGAUACAACAUGUAAAAUGAAUUGCCUACAUUUUACUCCUUAAUAAAUGACCGGCACCGACACCCAUAAUAUUAUAUAGAAAAAAUAUCUAUUAGUUUAAAAUUUUAGAUUGUGUGCUAUUGGUCUUAAAUACUUCAAGGCGUUUUUAUUGUCAUACUGAUUAACUAUUGUUAAUUCAUCGUGGGGCAUUAUAUUUUUUUCUUCUUUUUGAAUUGCUUUCACCUGACUGUUUCAUUCUAACCUACAAAUAAUAAGUAAUUUAACUAUGAAUUAUAAUAUUAUAUUAUGUAAUUAUAUCUAAUAUGUAGUAUUUUUUAAAUAGGUAUAUUGUACUUCUUGUAACGACCGUUCCUUUUUAAAAAUGUUAUUUAUUUCUAUAAUAUGGAAACAUGAAUAGCUCCCAGUUUACCGUUGAAUGCAUAAUGCCAACCCUCAGAGCAUAAUUUUUUCGUGGUUGAUUUUCGAGUGACGAAUUGUAAUAGUUAAUCAAACUGCGGUGAGAGUCUCCAAUUUGUACGAUUUGGUCGGCCAAUCCCGGUAUCUUUGAAGUAGUUUACAAUUGGAGAUAAAAGCUCUUCAUUUUCAAAAAAUAUGUCGAAUUUACAAGUUCUUCAAAUAUCUGAACAACAUCGACUAUUAGAAUAUAUGAAUCCACUGGUUUGUACUUACAAACAUUGUUGAAAAUAAAAAAACUAUCUUUAAUGUCAAUUGUUAGAAAUUCAUCUUUAAAUACCGAUAAAAUAUACCAUUUAAAAGUCUAUCAUAAUUCGCUCGGGAGUUAAAUCCAAAAUUAAUAAUUUUAAUAUUUUAAGAACUUCAAUAUAUGAAUCUUUAAUGCGAUUUACCAUUAAAAUAUAAACAAAAGGAAAACUUUUUUUAUUUCUUACGCCAUGUAGAGUAUAAAGUUGAGAGAAUAAUGUUGGUACUGAACAAAAUGUGCCAUUUCCCACCCAAUUUGAACAUUCUUUAAGUAUAUUUAAAUUUUCUAACGUUUUUGCACUUUAUUAUCAUAAAGUAAAAACUUGUUACCUUUUGAUGUCACCGUAUACUCACCAGAAAUUACUAAACCAAUAAUAUUUAUUGGAUUAGCUGGUGGUUUUUGUUCAAUAGUCCUUAUUCUUCGAAUGAUUUCAGAAAUUAAAUCCAUGUUAGGUAACUGGCCACUUAUAGAUGUAGCCAUGUAGGGAGUGUUUCCACGGCUUGACUUAUCAAAUUUCUUGUAGAUAAUUCAGUCGUUUUUUGCUUUUGAUUUUAUACUUGUUAUGACCUCUUUAACUGAGACUGUGCACAUAUCUGGGGCGUGUGAAUAAUGGACCACUUCUUUUAUUAUUUCUCCUUAAAUAAUAAUGUUAAACAUAAUUUAAAUAAAAUAUCGAUAAAAAAUAAAACCUUAUAAUAUACCUGUCUCAUAUUGACCGGUUGUAUAACAUGAUGUGCAUUUGUAUUUUUGGUACUCAGUACAACGCCAAAUGAAUUUAUUC